CGGAUCUUGCAGGCAUUCUUGUAUUUACGACAAGUCCAAACUGUUAGUUCCCGUCGUCAAAUCCAAAAUUUGGGCUUGUAUCAACGAAGAUUGAAAAAUGACAGUAUGUGCGCAUCGCUCCGUGACAGUUGUGGCGUGCGUCUAGUAAGCAGCAACAUUUGAACACACUCUUCGAUCCUCUGGACAACGGCACUGCAUAACGCUGUUUGCAGGCGGAGACGGAAUGAGCCCCCGAACAGCAUCCCAUCGGUUUGGCGAGCAGAAGCUGGCCCGGACCAUGCGAUAUAGAGAUGCCACGUUAACUUGCUUUGUGUUGUGGCAGAUCUGAUAUGCAUUUUCGUUGAUUUGUACAUGGCUUCUACCGAUUUGUGCCACGUCUCACGCAGGAUCGCCACUCGGGCCGUCGCAUGCACUAACGCAGAGUGCUGGCGCCAAGCCAUUGUUGGUUUGUGCCAGAGCCCUGGGCAAACUUGUUCCACUGCAGUCUAUGCGGGCAGGCGGGCGAGUCAACGACCGAGGUCCCCCGCAAAAUGUAUUUAGCAUAGCUAUAGGUGGCAGUGGCAAACCUGCGCGAGCCGAAGCAUCACCCUGCAUCCGAGGGGGCCAAGGGGCAAAGCGUUGGGCAUAUAGUGUAGACAGGAUUGUGCGGAGAAAACAAUUUAUGCUCUCGGAGAUGUCAGGGAGGUGCCUGCGACGUCAUGCUUGUCGGGGAGGGAGAUCUGCCAAGAUCUGGAGCAUCCCGCUGGAAUGGAUCCCUGCGGCGAUUGUGCGCGGCAAAUGCAGCGCGCCUGUAGAGAGUGCACAGUGCCACAGGGCGAGCGAUCAGCUUGCUGCUUGUGGGUUCCAGGCCCGAUGAUCCAAAUCAAGAUUGCGCUGUGGCCUGGAGCAUAACCACAAAGGAUCAGCAGGCGCCCUGAUCGGCCACGAUGACCACAUGGCAUGCAGAGGGCAUGCAGAGGGCAUGCAGAGGGCAUGCAGAGGGCGUCACGGCGUCAAGUAUACUGAGUGUGGUCGAGUCAGAGUGGCCCGCCACAGCCAGCACAGUCAACAACCCCUGAUAUUGGCCUAGUGACGAUGCCAAGGAUGCCUGCAAUGGACGGACGGUCCUUGGGACGGCAUUAGGCCUGUACACAGUAUAUUUGUGUUUCGAAACAUGACUUUUUCUGACGACCGCGCAGAUGAUUCCAGCGUACGUCCGUAGGUAGUGGCGCCCAAGCUCUGCUGGUUCGGAUGCCCAAGUUCAGAAUGCACUGAAGAUCCGUCUGCCGUCUGCAUUGACGGCAGGUUACGAUAGGCCGGCUGUGGGGAUGUUUCAAAACACCCCCCUGUUCCCCGUAGUUAGGAGUGACAGCGUUUCGGGGGAAGAGGUGGUCGAGCGUUCAUCCGAAGAUGCUGUCGAAUGGAUUUUUUUAAACCGAGAGAGAGAAACACAUGCAAUGCGAGCCAGUCAGAGCUGUCGAAACGAGCCCAAUUCGAAACAGGUUCGUCCAUUCCGCGGCUCGACGGCUGAAAUGCCCGAUAACCUUGAUCAUCGGGAGGCAGGCAUGAAUAAACGAGUGAGGCAUAGAGACGAAUGAGGGAGUUGAGAUGCUUGGCGCCCAAAUCUGUCUGCGCCGCUGCCGUGACGCGCUUAAAAUGGCAGCAGCCAAGCUUGGUAGAGGCAGAGGGUUGACAGCAGGUAAUUUUGGCCCCCAAGUCGACCAUGGUACAUUGAGAUAGGCGAGGUGACAGGGUGAGAGGGAGGCGAAAAGGGGCGGUUGGUACAAGAAACAUGGUCUGCAUUGACACAUUGAGAGGCUUAAUCUCCCGUCUGCACGUCUCCCCACCGAACCGCGAGUGUCCAAGGCUCCAACUGAAUGGUUGAAUGGGCUGCAAGGCACGGCAGCUAAAACUGUCAAACGGCGCUAAGGAGGCAGGGGUAGACCAGCGGCCCCUGUCGCGGGAUGUUUCUGAAACGGAAGGGGGGCCCCAUUUUGGGAAUGCAAGCGCCCAGGCGUCCACGGCUGCUAGGACGGUUGGACGGGCUGGACGGUGCUUAUGUCACCCAACGGGGCGUGGCGACGACCGCCGAAAAUGCUGCGGCGCGGCGGCGGUGAAGUGCCAAGACGGACAGGCAAGGCAGGCAGGGCUGGCUGGCUGGCUGGCAGGCGGCGGUGACUCUUGUAUUUCCCAUUUCCCAGUCAAGAUCCAAGGGGCCAGGCCGUGGCGAAUCAGGGCACGAGGGCAGGGUAACCGUUUUUCGGAAGGGAUGCGACGGCUGCAUGAGAAGGGCCAGAGAAGCACGCAACGACAGGCCAGGAACUCGUCCUCACACUCGGUGGGCCGACGGCAACUCAAUCACGCACCCCUGCCCUGCCUGCAUCAUCCCAUCUUUAACCUCACUUUACUUUCGACGCUCCAUGUCCACCCACCACCGUGGCCCCGUGCCGACAAACCUUGACGAGGCAAACAAGACUUGGCUCUGGCUGACCGAACAAGGUUGGGCAGAGUUUGGAUCUGUGCGCUGGUGAUUUGACGACCCCCUCUGCCACGCUGCCACUCGGCCACUCUGCAACUGUACCAUGCGCUGGAAUGCUGCUCCUCCCGCCCCCGACCUCAUCACCUCACCACUCACGUCUUUGAAGCUUGGUCCCAUGUCAAGCUUCGUCUGACACGCAGUAGGGGCAGCUUGUCCGCGCUGGGCACCUGCUUGCGAAAUGUGUCGUUGACUCGUUGUUCGGUGUGCGUAUGUGCGUGUGCUUGUGCGUGUGCUUGCAUGUGGCCCGUCUGCAUGUGUGUGUAUGCGUGUACUGUACGUGCCUCAUCAUGCGUUGGGAUGGCAGGUGGUAGGUCCCCCAGGUGUGUCCGUGAUGCGUGUUCGAUUUGCCAGGUUUCUCGGCCGUUGAGGUGGUACGUGACAUGUGCCGCCCGGCCUGGCCUGCCUGGAUGCUCGCGGAUUGACGCGCGCGGGCGCCUCCCAGAAUACCCGUGAUGCUCCAGAAUCGCUCCGAUUAGGCACGGAGAAUUGCCUGGAUCUUGAAGACGGGCCAGAUAGUCCAGUCCCGGUGACAGGCAUCAAGGACAGGUCCAGAUCAGACUACUGCCCUCGCUACCAUCAGGCGAGGAGCACAUAGAGCACCGCUGGACCAAACAGGCUGACAGGCCGAGGAAUAGAACAGUAUAGGGCAGGGUUCUGGGAUACUCCCAGGGUGAACAGGUGGAAACUCGAAAAAGCUGGGAUGGGCAGGAUGGGUUGACUGGUUCAGGGGAGCUCGAGCUCUGGCGCCGCAACAGUCAGGGUGGGCGCUUUUCCUUGUGCGGGACCCUCCCAGUCCUGCCAGUCCUGUCAGUCAGUGCCUCCCUCCAUUCACCACAUCCCUGCAACCCCCUUCAACACCAUGCCCGCCACCUUGGAUUCCAUACCUCUCCCACCUUGUUUUUAAUACCACCAACCCCAACCAUAACACGCCCGUUCGUUUCCUUCCGUCCCUUCCAUCACAUCUUUCUUCAUUCAUUCUUGACAGCUACACGCUCCUGUGGAGUCAUUCUUUCCUUUCCCUCCUCCCAACUCGAUCCGCCACCCUGCAGAGCAGUAAGCCGAAUCGCAGCCUUCGGUCUCGUCAACCUCUACAUACUCCUCCACCACUUUCUUUCCAAGUCAUUUCUUCCACACCAGACAUCAAGAAUAGCUGUGCUACGUCAAGAUGAUUUUCUCCAAGCUCAUUACGAGCCUGCUGCUGGCACUCCCAGCCAUUGCAGCCCCUGCUCCGCAGGCCCCUGCACCUGCACCUGCACCUGCUACGGGCGGCAGCAGCUACUGGCUUGCCGAUAUUGCCAGGAAUGGUGCCCCAGCCUUUGGCGAGGCAGGCUACAAGGUCUUCCGAAACGUCAAGGACUACGGUGCCGUUGGUGAUGGAGCGGCUGACGACACUGAGGCCAUUAACAAGGCCAUCGCCGACGGCAACCGGUGUGGCCAGGGCUGCGAGUCGUCCACCACCUCGCCUGCCAUUGUCUACUUCCCUCCCGGAACCUACAUGGUCAGCAAGCCCAUCAUCCAGUUCUACUACACCCAGCUCGUUGGUGAUGCCGUCACCCUGCCCACUCUGAAGGCCAUGGCUUCUUUCGAUGGCAUGGCGGUCAUCGACGCCGACCCCUACAACUACGAGGAUGGCAGCAACUGGUGGGUGAACCAGAACAACUUCUUCCGCCAAAUCCGCAACUUCAACAUCGACCUGACCGCCAUGGACCAGUCCAAGGGUGCGGGUAUUCACUGGCAGGUGGCUCAGGCAACCUCGCUGCAGAACAUCCACUUCAACAUGGUUCAGGGUGGCGAGGGUGCCAACAAGCAGCAGGGCAUCUUCAUGGACAACGGCUCCGGUGGCUUCAUGAGCGACCUGUCCUUCACCGGUGGCGGCAUCGGCAUGUUUAUCGGAAACCAGCAGUUCACCACACGCAACCUUACCUUCAGCAAGUGCAACACCGCCAUCUUCAUGAACUGGAACUGGGUCUGGACUCUCAAGGACGUCAAGAUCGACAGCUGCGGGCUCGGACUCGACCUUAGCACGGGUGGCGCUGGCGCGCAGACUGUCGGAUCUGCUCUGUUCCUCGACAGCGUCAUCACCAACACCCCCAUCGGUGUCAACUCUUCGUAUGCUACUACCCAGGCCGGCACGAACGGAACCCUGAUCAUCGAGAAUGUCGACAUGACUACUGGUGUGGACAUUGCUGUCAAGGACGCCAGCAGCGGCGCGACUAUCCUGCCAGGCAGCCAGAAGGUGGCCAACUUCGUCCAGGGCAACUCCGUUGCCGGAGGUGCUGCCGUCAAGGCCGUGCAGGCUGCCCAGGAUACUGUGACCAAGCCCGAGUCUCUACUCAACUCUGCCGGCGGGGUCUUCACCCGCAGCAAGCCUCAGUAUGAGACUGUUCCUGCCGCCAACUUCGUUUCGGUCAAGUCUGCCGGCGCCAAGGGUGACGGCAAGACCGACGACACCGCCGCCAUCCAGAAGGCCAUGGACAGCCUGACCGCUGACCAGAUCCUCUACUUCGACCACGGCGCCUACAUCAUCACCGACACUGUCAAGGUUCCCAAGGACAUCAAGAUGACCGGCGAGAUCUGGCCCUUGAUCAUGGCAUCGGGACCCAACUUCGCCAACAUGGAAGCCCCCCGCCCCGUGUUCCAGGUCGGCCAGCCGGGCGACACUGGUGCCGUCGAGAUGAGCGACCUGAUGUUUGAGACGGCCGGUCCUGCCCCCGGUGCCGUCAUGAUCGAGUGGAACCUCAAGGGCUCAUCUCAGGGUGCAGCGGGCAUGUGGGACGUCCACAACCGUAUCGGUGGCUCCGCCGGUACCCAGAUGCUGGUCGGCCAGUGCGCCAAGAACAACGGCACUGCCCACGGCGCCAACGAGGCAUGCGAGGGCGCCUUCAUGAUGAUGCACAUCACCAGCGCCGCCUCUGACGUCUACCUCGAGAACACGUGGUUCUGGGUUGCCGACCACGACCUCGAGCCCACGGCCAAGUCGGCCCAGAUCGACAUCUACAACGGCCGUGGUGUUCUGAUCGAGUCCCAGGGGCCUGUCUGGAUGUACGGUACCGCGUCUGAGCACUCGGUCCUCUACAACUACCAGCUCGUCAACGCCUCUACCGUCUACAUGGCCCUCAUCCAGACCGAGACUGCCUACUUCCAGGGCAACCCGGUUGCGCCCACGCCCUUCACCGUCAACGCGACCUGGAGCGACCCCAACUUCGACGGUGCCGCCUCCAAGGAUGCUCGCACGUGGGGCCUGCGCGUCAUUGACUCCAAGGACGUCUUCGUCUAUGGUGCCGGCCUCUACUCGUUCUUUGAUGACUACAACCAGGAGUGCCUGGUCACCGCAGACUGCCAGAACAGCAUGGUGUCGAUCGAGAGGUCGGCCGUGCACCUGUUCGGGCUGUCCACCAAGGCUGCCACCAACAUGGUGGUUGUCGACGGCGAGUCCAAGGCCAAGGACGCCGACAACCGCAGCACUUUCUGCGCCACGCUCAGCUACUUCACCAGUGCGUAGAAUGCCACUGGGAGCAGAACCAGCAGCUGAGCUCGCAAGUGCCAGAUGGCUGUCUCAUGUCGGCCGGGGCGCGUACGCCUAUGACUUCACUUCUACAUGAUCUGCCCUAUAGUGGCAUUUUUUAACACUUCAUUUCUUUCUCCAUGAAAGCCCUCCGAGUCGUUGGGUGGCAUGGAAGGCGUUUCGGUUUGUACAGGGGAAACUGGAGAUACCAUCUGGAUCUGAUUCCAUCGAUUGAUUUCAAAAACCAAGCUGUGAGGAGCGCAGCAAAUAGAGAGAAAGGCCGGGUCAUGGCGUCUUCCUGUCAUUCUGCGGAAGGGCCAGUCAGUACAUAGGAUGAUCAAUGGAUUACUCUCGACAGAA